CUCCAUCUAGUGGUUGUACAGAAAUAUACCCAGGAAACCGAACGCAGCACAAGUUCACUCAGUAGACUCGAAUUUAGUUUCGAGUUUUUCCUCAACUGAUCUGAGUGUUUUUUUUUUCUCUUUCUGAGUUUAUCUUUUUGAACUUUAAGUUAAACAUAAAUGCUUCACGCGCGAUAAAAUUGUACAAAACGUGCUCCUUGAACGAGGAUUUUAAGCCAUAAAACAGACCAAAGGUCAGAAUUCCUUGAACGCUUCCUGCCACGAUCCUACCUUACCAUGAAACCCACAACGAAUUAUCAGAUUUCAUAACGCACUUUUCUGAAGUAAAUAACUUUUAAUAUACAAGUUUUUGGAGUGACUACAUCAAGACAGUGACUCGAAAAUGGCAGAAGCUAUUCUAGAUCACGACCAGUACAGCUGCUCUGUGUGUCUGGACUUACUGAGGGAUCCCGUGACAAUUCCUUGCGGACACAGUUACUGCAUGAGCUGCAUCAAUGAGUGCUGGAAUAAGGACCAGAAAGCACCAUAUAAAUGUCCACAGUGCAGACAUACCUUUAGUUCAAAGCCUCCACUGAACAGAAGUACAGUCCUUGCUGAGCUUAUGGAGAAAUUGAGGGCCCAAGAGUCUCCUCAAAGUCCUGCAGGACCUGGAGAGAUUGCGUGUGAUUUCUGUGUUGGAGAAAGCAUCAAAGCUGUCAAGUCUUGCAUGGAGUGUCGAGCAUCUUACUGUGAAUUACAUGUACAGCCACACUAUAAUGUUCCUGCUUUGAGGAAACACGUGCUGGUGAAAGCGUCCACCAUCCCAGUUUGCUCCAAACACGACAAGCUCCUGGAGGUCUACUGUCGAACCGACCAGACCUGUGUCUGCGCACACUGCUUAAUGGAUGACCACAAGGGCCACGACACAGUGCCAUCCACAACAGAGCGCAAGGAGAAAGAGUUGAAACUCUCAGACACUCAAACAAAAGUCAAAAAGACAAUCCAGGCCAAAGAAAAAGAGCUGCAGAAUAUGAAAAUGGACAUCUCAUCCCAUUCAGACUCUGCAUUGAAGGCCAUCAAGAACAGCAAGAAGGCAUUCGCAGAAUUAGUCAAGCUUAUUGAGAAAAAAAGCAGUGAGGUGAUUGAAAAGAUAAAAGCUCAAGAAAAGGCUGAUCUGGAUGAAGGUGAAAAAAUACAAGAAAAGCUGAAGGGUGAAAUUGCUGAUCUGAAGAAGAGGGAAGGAGUCCUUGAGGAUCUUUUACAGACAGACAACAACAUCCAGUUUCUUCAGAAUUAUGAGUCUGUGUCCCCUUCAUCUGGAUCUAAUGACUUUUGCAAUCUCUCAUUUCAACCAUGCUGCUCAUUUGAGGAAGUGAGUCAACUUGUUUGUGAACUUACUAAGAAACUGGAGAAAACGUGCAUGCAGGAAAUUAACCAAACAAUAAAUAAAGUUUCAGAUUUGUCUAUAAAGACGCCUUCAUUUGACAUUAAAGUUGGAGACAAUGUUCGUGUAAAGCCAUCUGUUCUUACUCCAACACACAAAUGGGGAUCAGUUACUCACAAAAGCAUUGGUGUUGUUAAAAAAAUUCAGGGCGAGUUUUUGACUGUAGAUUUCCCUGAACAAAAAAACUGGACUGGUGUAGUUUUAGAAAUGGAGAAUGUGACCAGUGCUGGUUCAGAUUUGGCAACACCAAAUGCUUCCGUCAACAUUAAGGUUGGGGACAGGGUCAAGGUGAAACCUUCAGUGACAACUCCAGAACAUAACUGGGGUAGAAACGUCACACAUAAGAGUGUGGGUGUGGUAAAAGCAAUUAAAGAUGAUGACAGUCUGCUUGUUGACUUUCCUGGACAUGCAAACUGGAAAGGAAUUCUAUCUGAAAUGGAACUAGCAAAUGAUGAUGAUGAUGAUGAUGAAUCUGGAUCUGCAAGCCAGGACUCCAAUAUUAAGAUUGGAGACAAAGUCCGUGUGAAACCGUCAGUUGUUACUCCAGCUCACAAAUGGGGAGCAGUCACUCACAAAAGCAUUGGGAUUGUUAAAAAAAUUCAGGGGGACUCUUUAACUGUAGAUUUCUCUGAGCAAAAAAACUGGACUGGUAUACUUUCAGAAAUGGAGAUUGUGGCCAAUGCUUCAGGUUUAGCUGACAUGAAGGUUGGAGACCGAGUCAGAGUGAAAGCUUCUGUUACCACUCCAAUGCAUAACUGGGGAUCUAAUGUCACUCAUAAGAGUGUUGGUGUGAUAAAAGAAAUUAAAAUUGAUGACAGUCUUAUCAUUGACUUUCCUGAUCAUGCCAAUUGGAAAGGAAUUCUCUCAGAAAUGGAGCUAGUAACCAAUGAUGAUGAGUCUGGGUCUUUAAGUAUGCUGUCCAGUAUUAAGAUUGGAGACAAAGUCCGUGUAAAGGCAUCAGUUAUUACUCCAACACACAAAUGGGGAGCAGUCACUCACAAAAGCAUUGGUUUGGUUCUGAAAAUUCAGGGAGAUUCUAUUGUUGUAGAUUUUCCUGAACAUAAAAAAUGGACUGGUGUAGUUUCAGAAAUGGAACUUGUAACUGCCUCAGAUUUGUCAACAAGAAGUCUUUCAGUUGACAUUAAGGUUGGAGAUAAAGUCAGAGUGAAACCUUCCAUUACCAACCCUAAACAUAACUGGGGUGGAUACGUCACACACAGCAGUGUGGGUGUAGUAAAAGAUAUCAAAUCUGAGGAUGUGAUCGUGGAUUUUCCAACACACAAAGGCUGGAAAGGCAUUCUCUCCGAGAUGGAGUUGAUAAAUGAUUCAGAUGCCAACAUCUAGAUCUUGGUGAUGUGACUGGGGACUCUGCUGCUCAUCUGUUGCUUGAGUCUUUGAUUGAUUAAACUUCAUCUGAUGUGUUUGUAGUCAUGUGAACAAAAUGAUGUGAGAGACACUACAUAUGGGUAUUUUGAGCACAGGAGAGCUAAAUUAUAUACAUUUUGUAUUUAAUUAAGGAUUUUAAAAAUCAACCUAAAAGUUUUUUUUUAUCAGUUUCUCAUUUGUAUGAUUAUAGGUUUACAUUUGUUACAGAAAAGGUGUUGCAGACAGAAAGAAGAGUGUUUGUUUUUUAAAUUCCUACCUUAAGUGACAGUUCACCUAAAAUUAAACCUCCUCAAAGAGAAACCUGUAACAAUGGGGCAUAUGCACACAGACUUUUAAUGCCUGCCAGCCAGCCUCAUGGCUUCCGGUUAACUGUUUUUGCCAUUAUAAGAUUGCCACGUUAUAGGUUAAGGACUUUCUUUAAAAGUCAGUGAUCUUCAAUGCCAGAGAGAUAUACAAUAUAUAGUGAGCCUUAGACCAAACAUGAAGCACUGCAUUAAAUUCCAUUUCACCCCACCAUGUCUUUUAAAUAUGAGUUUAUUUUACCCCAGUAUUUUCAAUAGAGUUUCAGCAGUAGCCUGCUGAUC